AUGCCAAAGCAAAAGAAGUACAAGAAUUUACUUAAAGCAGCAGCUGCCAAUUCUUCACAAGACAAGUCAGUAGCAGCUGCCAAUUCUUCACAAGACAAGUCACUAGCAUCAAAUGCAUCACAAGUCAAGUUCCUAGCAGCUGCAAAUUCCUUCCGAAACAAGUCGGCAGCAGCUGCAAAUUUCUCCCGGGACAAGUCGGCAGCAGCUGCAAAUUCCUCCCAGGACAAGUCAGCAGCUUCAAAUUCCUCCCGAGAUAAGUCGACAGCAGUUGCAAGCUCCUCCCGAGACAAGUCGGCAGCUUCAGCUUCAAAUUCUUCUGAGCCAUCAUCAGUUGCUCCAACUAUAUCUGAGCAUCCAUCCGAACCUAAACGUAAACGUGGGCGUGAAUCUAAGCAUUACUGGACUGUUGAUGCCAUAGAUGAAUAUGAAAAUAGUACACGCCUUCAUUUAUUAGUGAAGGAUGUGCAUAAUUUGCCAGAAGGUUUGCGCAUAGUUGUCAAUUUUGAUAGACAACAUGCAGCAAUAGGAGAAGCAGCCGGACUCCUUGCAGGAAUUUGUGGGCAAUUGGCCACUGAUUGUGUAGCAUUUCCAAUCAGUUUUGAUAAGUGGUCAGACAUUCCAGAGAGCUAUUUUGAAAAUCAAUGGAAUAUUUUUUUCCAAGCUCGAUUUUGCUUCAAAGUAUGUGAUAGCUUGGCCAAACGAUUUCUGCUCCAAUCGCUUGGCAAAAAAUGGAGGGAACAUAGGAUAAAGCUUUGGAACGAGUUUUAUGAUCCGAGGUUGAGUAAAACCGAGAUCAUAAAUAAUACACCAGAAGAUAUUGCUCUUGAUCAGUGGGCUUUAUUCGUAGAAUAUUGUUUGAAGCCUGAAACUCAGAAUCUUUGUAAGAGGAAUCAAGAAAUUCGGCAAAAACAAACAAUUCCUCAUACUUCAGGUGCUAAAUCAAUUGCAAGAAGAAGGGCUGAAUUGUGCGGCGGCGGCGGCAUCGUCAUGGUCCCCCUGCUGAGGCGCCGUCAGUGCCCCACCAGUAGCGUCACUACUGGAUCCAGUAGUGCCGCUGCCUCCAGCGUAGGGGUGUUCGCGGUGCGGUUUGGAUCGGUUUUGAGUCAAAAACUCAUCCGAUCCGAACACUAUGUUUAG